AGGAUGCCAUGCCAACCAGGAUACAACAUUUGCAACAAUGGUCCAGUUGCUGAAAAUUGGAUAUUUGAACUUCAGGAUUCUGUGAACUCCAUGGAAGCUUGACCAACUUAAAAUACUUCUUUGUGGAGAGGAAAGGCUCAGGUUUCUUCAAGAAGAUCGGAAGCAGAAAUAAAUCUUCUGACCAAGACAUCAGGAACCCGAACACCUACAGUCAACUAGUCAGCAGUGUGUUUUGAGAUUUAGUUUCAUACACGAUUACAUUUAGUAAGCUGAUGAAACCAUCUUGAGAGAUAAUGAAUCGCUACACCACCCUGAAGCAGCUGGGUGAUGGCACCUAUGGCAGUGUCCUGAUGGGAAGAAACAUUGAGUCUGGAGAACUCGUGGCUAUCAAGAGGAUGAAGCGGAAGUUUUAUUCUUGGGAUGAAUGUAUGAACCUGAGAGAGGUGAAGUCACUAAAGAAGCUGAACCAUGCGAAUGUGGUGAAACUGAAGGAGGUAAUCAGAGAGAAAGAUCACCUGUACUUUGUAUUUGAGUACAUGAAAGAGAAUCUCUACCAGCUUAUGAAGGACAGGGAGAAUAAGAUGUUCUCAGAGAAUGAAAUUAGGAACAUCAUGUUUCAGGUGCUAUCUGGGUUGGCUUUUGUACACAAACAUGGUUUUUUCCAUCGUGACAUGAAACCAGAGAAUCUAUUGUGCAUGGGCCCAGAACUGGUCAAGAUAGCAGAUUUUGGACUGGCUAGAGAGAUUCGCUCUAAACCUCCCUACACUGAUUAUGUAUCAACCAGAUGGUACCGAGCUCCAGAGGUCCUGCUUAGAUCAUCGACUUACAGCUCGCCCAUUGAUUUGUGGGCCGUGGGCUGCAUCAUGGCUGAACUCUACACUCUCAGGCCCCUUUUCCCUGGAAACAGUGAAGUGGAUGAGAUCUUUAAGAUCUGCCAAGUCCUAGGCACUGUGAAAAAGCUGGAUUGGGCUGAGGGCUACCAUUUGGCUACUGCUAUGAACUUUCGCUUCCCCCAAUGUGUUCCGACACAUUUGAAGACCCUGAUCCCCAACGCCAGCAAUGAGGCUAUCACCCUAAUGAAGGACUUGCUUCAGUGGGACCCCAAAAAAAGACCCACUGCUGUACAGGCCCUAUGUUACCCAUACUUCCAGGUAGGUCCGGUCUUACGUCCUCGUCCUGAGAGCCAGGAGAAGAAGAAGGUCCAUGCCCGACAACUGCCCUUGAACCAAUCAUCUGUGCCCAAAGCUGAUACACUGCAUUCUUCCUCUGGAUCCAAAGCUUCCACAUCCUCCUCCAAAAGCCAGCAUCAACCUCUUCAGCAGAUCCCCCUCCCCCAAGUUAAAAGCAAACUAGGAGGUUUCAGCCAUGUAAAAACCAUAUCGCUGGGCAGUGAAAAUACCAUUGCUGGUGGUGGGACAGGAGUACUGAAGAGUGGACGUCGUCGCUGGGGUCAGACAGUGGCUCAGACCUCAGACAGCUGGGAGGAAUCUGAUCCCUCAGAAACUACAGCUUCUAACUCUAAGAAACCCAGCCUGGGGAAUGCAGAUGAGGAGAGGAACUCAAAGGAGCACCACCAAGAAUCCAAAGAGCAGAAACUGUAUUCCUUCAGCACAGUUACUAAGCUCCCGAGCAAUGUUAAGAUUGACCAGAUGGACUCCAAUCUCCCAGGAUCAGCUGCAAGGCAGCAUUAUCUUAGCCAGUCACGUCUCCCUGGGUUGAUUGGCAAGAAUCAGUCAGCAAAGGAGCUGAGCGGUAUGAUGCUGCAAAGUAUGUGGGAGAACUCCUCAAACGCUGCAAAUAAACCACUUGCUCCGAUUAAUGGAGGGUUGAAUGCUUCUAAACGUGUGGAAAGUCCAUCUGAGAAACCUGUUGUUAAAGAAAGAACACUGGAGAAAAUUGAUCUCUCCAAAGGGAAUUUUGUGAGUACAAAGUACAACCUCUCUGGUGGUUACAUCCCUUCAUUCCAAAAGAAGGAGGUGGGCUCAGUCGGGCAGAGAAUCCAUCUUGCUCCUUUGGCUGGUCAGCACACUUUCAAUCUUUCUUCUACUGAUAAUAAAAAAAAAUCUAAAUCUGUAAAAUUCAAGUCCAUAUCCAACUCAUCUUUAAGUGAGAACAAUGAAGAUUAUGAAGACUGGAAGAGGAGAGCAAACAGGACUCAGGUGAAGGGCAGCAGCUACUCUGCACUGGGAAAAACCUCUGGGAAUCUCCUGACCAGAGCUCCUCCUGUGCAGCCCAUGCAUGGCCGGGUGGACUGGACAUCCAAAUACGGCGGGAAUCAGUAGUUCUAGACAGAUGGUGGUACUACCUCUAUUGUCUGUUGGACUAUGGUGCCUAAUUUUGUAGACUUUUGGAAACUAAUUUUUACUUAAAGCUUAAAGUAAUUUCAAUGUCAUUGCUGCGGUAAAUACAGACUUAUAGAUGCUUGCUGAAGAAAAUUACAGCAAGAAUGUGUUGUAGAUAACACAACACAUCUGGGGUGUAGAUGG